AUGGCCAAUGUAAUAGACCUUAAAAAAGAAUUAUAUAAUGCCCUCCAAGAUUCUUCUGAGAUAGUUUCAUACAAUGCUAAAUUGCGGGAUAAGUAUGAAAAACAAGAAAAAAAAAUCAAUCGGGAGAGAGGACAAUGGGAUCGGGAUAGAAAGAAGUGGAGUAAAAAACUAGGAGGGGCUAAUACCGAGAUCCAGAAAUUACGUACUCAUGAUCUCGAACUUAUUAAAGAGACCAGACGUCUACAGAUUGAAAAUGCUCGCAAAGAUAUAUCUCUUGCGAAAUCCAAGGCUAAGCAUGCUACAAAAUUAGGGGAGAUUAAAUCGCUUCGGAAUGAGAUGAAAUUAUUGAAAGGUAAGUUAGAUUUAUCUCAGAAGGACUCAUCAAAGAAAGGGUCCGAAAUCGACUCUCUCAAGUCUAAGAUAGUUGAAUUAGCUUUAAAAAUUAGUAAAUUGGAGCGUCUGAAACCUGAGGAUAUAUCGGGAUCUAUAAUCGGUGGAGAUGACGAAAAAAAUACGCUGUGCGAGGAACAAAGUUCCAUAACCAAGCCUGACGAUAUAUCUGCAGUUAAUGAAUAUAGCAAAAAUCUAAAAAAAAUCAAUAGUAAUAUGUGUCUUGAGUCAAAGAUUCGUGGCUUUGCUACUGACACUAGCUCUGCUAUCUUGACAUAUACUAAUGAUGAGAUUACCGAACUAUCAAAAAAUAAUACUAAAAUUAGUCCUAAGCUGGAAAAUAAUAGUAGAUCUAGUGCCAAAGCACAUAUGUCCUCAUUGAUUGAAUCGAAUUCUCAAAUUCCAAUAGGAGGAAUAGGAGCGAUCCCUGCUGUAGCAAGUACUUUGAUGUCACCUCUAUCAUAUAUAUUACUUGCUCUGUUAAUUAUUGCCAUUAUAUGGUUCGUGAGAUGCACGUGGAAUAUAGGUAGACUCAAAGAGCCAGGAUUCAAAGGGUCGCCUUAUAGCCCGCUCCGCAAUAAAAAAGUGAUCGGCUAUGGGAUAUGUAGAUCCGAUAACAGGCUGUCUAUUUGA